AUGAGCGCCCUCUUGAACGCCAUCAGACACCGGCUAAGACCAAAGCGAAGACGACAGAGGACCAAGAACCACCGGAUCUGUUGCAACUCUGCUAUGGCCAAGAGAAAGUCGGCAAAAGAGAGAGAACCAACCUGGGCCUAUUCUGGGCUUAACGCCAAGCCGAGCAAACUAAACCGUAUUGCUAACGGCACACCUACUAACGCAGAACUCCAGGAAAGACUUAAGUCUUCCGUGCGGGCUUUUGAAGAGAAGCGCAAGCCACGCUGGGUGGUUCUCCAGCCUGCUGAACCAGCGGGUCAGGCAGAGGUAAUAAUGGAGAACACUGAGGCUGGAGAGGACCCUGCUAAACAACCAAGGGAUAUGGCAAGCAUGAAGAACACUCAGCUUGGAGAGAAUCCUCAGCAUGGUGAAUUGGAUCUUCGGGCUGAUGAACCAGCAACUGGCCCUGACUCCAUUUACCCUGUCCCAUCUGACUGGACUCUUGAACACCUCAUGGAGAAUCUUAAGUCAUCAGCAGACGAUGACGAGGGAGACCAAGCUGGCCCUGGCUCCAGUUCCCCUGUCCCAUCUGACUGGACUCUUGAACACCUCAUGGUGAAUCUGAAGUCAUCGGCAGACAAGGAAGAGGGAGACAAAGUUUAUACGUAA